CACUUCCGGAAGCAUGGAAAUUUCAAAAAAUAAUAUUUUGUUAUAAAAUAUAGUAUUUCUCCAGCAGCACUGAUCAAAUAUAAACUAUUGUUAUAUAUAUAACUCCAAAAGGAAUAUUACUAUGACGGAGACCGUUUCAGAAGAGGGAAGGCGUAUUUUAGCUCAGUUCCGCAGCGAAUCAGGAGAAGUAACAGGGGCACCAUUUGAUCUUCCAAUAAACAUCAACACAACAAAAUUGCAAUUGGUUUGCAGUGCAAUCCUUGAAAAGGAUGAAACAACACCAUAUGCAUUCUUUGUAAAUGACACUGAAAUAGUGGACAGUUUGGAACAAUCAUUAGACAAUAAAGCAUUAGAAGACAGUGAGAAAGUGCUAGAGAUUGUGUAUCAGCCCCAGGCUGUGUUCCGUGUACGCGCAGUUACUAGGUGUACAAGUAGUAUAGAAGGGCAUGCAGAGGCAGUUAUAUCCGCACAGUUCAGUCCCGAUGGCAGGUAUCUUGCUAGUGGGUCAGGGGACCAGACAGUUAGAUUCUGGGAUAUUAAUACAGAAACACCACAUCAUACAUGCAAAGGUCAUAAACACUGGGUGCUGUGUAUAGCAUGGUCACCUAAUGGGAGGAAACUAGCAUCUGGGUGCAAAAAUAGUCAAAUCUUUGUUUGGGAUCCAGUUACUGGUAAACAAAAUGGUAGAACUCUCACAGGACACAAACAAUGGAUCACAUGGUUGUCAUGGAAACCAUUACACUUAGAUGCUGAAUGCAGAUAUCUAGUGAGCUCAUCUAAGGAUGCCACUAUAAAGAUCUGGGACACUGUAUUAAGCCAGUGUAAAAUCACAUUAUCCAGCCAUGUGCAAUCUGUGACAUGUGUUAAGUGGGGUGGCACCAAUCUGCUGUAUUCCGCAUCCCAAGACAGAACCAUUAAAGUUUGGAGAGCUGAAGAUGGCACCCUUUGUAGAACAUUACAAGGACAUGGCCACUGGGUGAACACUAUGGCUUUAAGUACAGACUACGCCAUACGCACUGGAGCAUUUGAUCCAUCUAAAGCCACCAUCAACCACAGAGAAAUCACUGAAUCCAAUGAAGAGUUACAGAAGAUGGCACAAGAACGUUACAACAAUUCACGAUUAGGUGAAGAUUCAGAGCGUCUUGUAUCUGGAUCAGACGACUUCACCUUAUUCCUGUGGCAUCCAGAAACUGAGAAAAAACCAAUAGCUAGAAUGACUGGACACGCUCAAUUGAUCAAUGAAGUCUUGUUUUCACCUGAUACUCGAACUAUAGCCAGUGCUUCAUUUGAUAAAUCUAUUAAAUUAUGGGAUGGAAAAACAGGAAAAUAUCUGACUUCACUCAGGGGACAUGUUAGCAGAGUCUACCAAAUAUCCUGGUCAGCUGAUAGUAGAUUACUCUGUAGCGGCUCUUCAGAUUCCACUUUAAAAGUUUGGGAUAUGAAAACCAAAAAGCUGCUAAAUGAUUUACCAGGACAUGCAGAUGAGGUUUAUGCUGUUGACUGGAGUCCAGAUGGUCAAAGAGUAGUCAGUGGAGGCAAGGAUAAAGUUCUUAAGAUAUGGAGAAAAUGAAAAUGGAAAUCAAGGAGGUCAUGCUACAAAUACAUCAAUAUAUAACAAAACAUUGUUCCAGUGAAUUAACUUAGUGGACACUUUGCAGUUGGAUUAUAUGGCACUUGUACCUCAGAAUUUUGCAAAAAUAAAAUAUUGGAGUAAAUGAUCCAAUGUAUUCAAAUAAUAUUUGAUAGUUAUUAUGAUGAGCCAUGAUAAAAUGAAUGUCAGGGG